AUGUCUUCAAAGUCCAAGGAUGGCCACUCAUCUGGUGGAUUCCACCAAGAGUAUAUUGCGUCUCUCCGCUAUCGCAAUGACCUUCCUCCCCCGGACAUGCCCCCCAAGUUCCUCGACAUCCCACACGAGGGUUUAAGCCGCUUUCUCACCCCCGGUUUCGCAUCAAACUUGGCACGCCGUGAGGAGCCUAAUAUUGAAGUUGAUGCUGAGGGUGGAAUGCCAAUUGAUCUGGUCGGUAUUCCGGGAUUACAUCUAGGCGACGAGAGUGCUAUCAUGGCCCCCGAGAAUCCUCAGCCCAUGGACCCCGCUGAUCUCCCACUUCUUUUGACCAUUGAGCAACUCCGAAACCCUGCUCCGAGGAAUACCAAUGUCAGCUUCCUUCGCCGCACGCAACACAUCGGUGUUGAUCGCAGUGCCGGAGAUGGAUCCCGUGCCGCACCUCUCAAAACACAAUCACGCACCGCGAAGAAAGGAAAGCCUGCUGUGGAUGACCCGAAGCAUGUCAAGAAGUUCAUCCAGAAGGGCUUCGAUAUCGCCUACCCACAGAGCAAGCACUCUGGAGAAGAUACCGAGAGUCACAUCCGAGGCCUUCCCCCACAAAGGCCGAACUUAAUGCUUGGGCUACUCAAGCCAGUCGGCUUCUUCCCUAUCAUUCCUGACCUGGAAGGCUUCCCAGACCCUGGUGGUUAUCUCCAAUUCAAGUUUGAUAAGGCACCCGUGGGAGCCGUCAGAGGCAAGCGGGACGCACGUAUGGAUGUCGGUAUUCUGACUCCAGUUGCGCCAGAGGAGCGCGUUUGCCAGCAGCAUCAAGCGAAGGUGGACCUUCACACCACGAACCCCGCCCUUUAUCCCCAUCCAGGCCCAGUUCCAUACGACUACCAGCUGUUCCUACCGGAGAAGCCCCAAUCUGUUAAGAACAUCCACACAAGCAUGAACCUGAACAGCGCGAACCGAGACAACGAAGAUCUGUACACUAACGAGAGCGCCGACGGCAGCAAAUUCCACCGCUACGAUCGUGCUCGCACCUACGCUACCAGCGCUCAGGUCUUCAAUACCGAACAAAAGGAUAUCGCAUUGACCCUCUUCAAGCCCAACGAUGGCGAUACCAGACAAUUGGCCGCUUAUUACUAUCCAAUUUCAGGCAAGGCCCGCCUCAAGCCAGAGCGUGCCCGCACCAUUGCCCAGGCUGGCCUCGCUCCGACUUCUACGCAACAGGAGGAGAGCGAGGAACGUAUUGACCAGAUGCAAGUGACGAUGCGCGACCCCAACGAGGCUGAAAUCUACAAGCGUGCUCUGACCCGUCUACGUAUCGAUCCCAAGUUUGCAAGCAAUAUGCCCCCUGAGCCCGUCGUGCAGGAGGAGCAAUCAAUGGAGCAUGAGGAGACGGAGAGGGCCGAUGAUGAUACUCGCAUGAGCGAUGAUGAGUAA